AUGGUCCACCGGAGGAAGAUGGCACACACUUCAACAUUUCUUAAAACCGUGGUCAUUUUUAUAUUAAUCUAUCCACUACCAUGGCACGUGAAAGAUACAACAAAUGUUACAUUAAAUUCUACAACUAUAAAAGAAGAUCAAAAUGUAACACUUGGCUGUGAAUUUAAUAGUUCAAGCCUAUCCUUUGCUUUAUUUUGGAUCGCUCUCUAUCCUGAAGCUGAUAGUAAACAGUGUGUAUCAUCUGUAGAGGUAGACACAGAGGGCUAUGAAUAUCGAAUUAACAAUCUCUGCAAUUCUACUGAUAAUAUCAAUAGGCGCUUUACUAAUAGGAAUUUAUCAAAAGUAAUAGACCAAAAUCAACGUCACCACUUGAAAAUUACGAAUAUUAAACAAUCGGACAGUGGGAGAUAUCUGUGUAUUGUACAAACAUGGCCUUCAACAGAUAAACAGAAAUGGAUACUGGUCAGCAACAUUUCACUGCAAGUAACCAAGGCAAACAAACCAACCUCCAAACCAGAAAAUCUACUCAUCACAGACAUGAGUCGGGCAGACUGUACUGAUCGCCCCACUACAACAGAAAGUUCAGAGUAUACAAAUCCAAAAGGCCCGGAUGAAUCGUUUUUUAUAGCCAUUGGAGCGGUGGCAGGGAUAAUUCUUUUCACCGGAAUAAUACUGCUGAUUGUAUGGUGUAUCAAGUCCAAGGGAAAAAAGAAGAAAACAGAUAUGCACAGGAAAUCCGAUGCAGUAGAGCUUCCAGAAAAUGAUUGCACGCCCUAUGCAGUUAGUAACAGAUGUGAUUUAAUGGAGAGCCCAGAAGUUGAGUAUUCGCUUGUGAGAGAUCCACAGCAAAAAUCCGAGGAAGAAUAUUCAGAAGUAGAUUUCAAGAAAGAAACACCUGAAUCAAACACAGUAUAUUGUGUGGUAAAUAAGUAAUUUCAUUAAU